AGAGCAAUAACCCUUGGGCCCUUCCUGAACGGGUCACAUACAGCCCAAAUUCCAAAGGCCCUUCAGACUUCACUCCUCUUCAGUUGUUGUCGUCGCCGACCAGUCCCCCCGUCCAGGAGGUGGAGUAAAAAAGAGAAAGCUCUUCAAUGGCGUCCACAUCAAGAAGCCUCAUUUCUCAUCUACGUCUCCUCUUCUCAUCCACAGUUAAAGAAACACAAUUCAGAACUUUCAGUAGCCAAGUGGAGGAAUUAAGGACUAGGAUUAUCGAAGGAAAACCUGGAAUGAUGACUCCAAACUCCAAAAGGACAGGAGCAAUAGCCAUCAAAUGUGGAAUGACAGCUCUUUGGGACAAAUGGGGGGAACGUGUUCCCAUUACCAUCCUUUGGUUAGAUGAUAACAUUGUUUCUCAGGUCAAAACCCCCGAGAAAGAAGGCAUUUCCGCCCUGCAGAUCGGAUGUGCUCACAAAAAGGAGAAGCAUUUGACAAAACCUGAAGUAGGUCAUUUUAGGGCACAAGGUGUGCCCAUGAAGAGAAAGCUGAAGGAAUUUCCUGUUACUGAAGAUGCCCUUCUUCCUGUUGGAACGAGCAUCAGUGUCUGCCAUUUCGUUCCAGGCCAGUAUGUGGAUGUUGCUGGAAUUACAAGAGGGAAAGGUUUUCAGGGUGGGAUGAAAAGAUGGGGGUUUAGCGGUAUGCCUGCAUCACAUGGUGCUUCAUUAUCCCACAGAAGUAUUGGUUCUACAGGUCAAAGAGAUGCGCCAGGAAAGGUAUUUAAAGGGAAAAAGAUGCCUGGGCGCAUGGGUGGAGUGCAACGAACUGUUAAAAAUGUUUGGGUCUACAAGAUUGAUCCUGCCAGAAACUUGAUGUGGGUCAAAGGCCAGGUUCCAGGAGCUGAAGGUAACUUUGUGUUCGUAAAAGAUUCUGUGUACAAUAAACCAGAUAUUUCAAUGCUUCCAUUUCCCACUUACUUUGCCCCAGAAGAUGAAGAUCAAGCCAAUUUGGAACCGUUAGUGGCUGAUCUUGGUGAUACAGACCCGUUUAUGGCUGCUGAUUAGUUGUAGGCAACUUAGUUGUGGACAAUGGUGUUUCUUUUGUCUUUACCUUAUAUUUUCUUUUACAAGAGGCAGUGAGGUGGUUUUGCGGCAGGGGUUUCUCUAGAAGGAAUUUAUUUGUAGUAGUGUUUUGGCAUUUUUUCUGGCUGAUGGCAUUCAAGUAGUAAUAAUUUUGAGUUGUACUACAAAAUUCAGCUAAUUGUUGUUGGAUAGGGUGAAAUGUUGAUAUAGCAUGAUUAUAGACCUCAUCCAGGGAAGUUGUACAGGCACAAACUGAUUAUGGUGUUGCUGGAUGACUAGAGCUAAUAAAAGAAAUGUGAAUGGAGAAUUAUAGACGAUAA